AUGGCCGCCCCCUCUGACGCCGCCUCGGGCAGCGCAACCCCCUCAACAGCAACGGGCACCUCAACACCAAAAGAACACGACCGCAUCGCCAACUUCCGCACUGAGCUCGCGUCGCGCGGAGGCGAGGGCGAGGUCCGCGUCCUCCCCGACUCGGUGCACACGGCGCAGCUCGCAGCCGACGCGUUGGGAUGCGAGGUGGGCGCGAUCGCCAACUCGCUGCUCUUUGUCGACGCCCAGGGGGAGCCGGUACUCCUCCUCACGUCCGGCGCACACCGGGUCAACACCGACGCGGUGCCCGCGCGCAUGGGCCUCGAGGGGAAACUGAAGCGCGCGUCCGCUGCGCAGGUGAAGCGUUUUGCCGGCCAGGUCAUCGGCGGCGUCAGCCCCAUCGCGCAUCCUGCGCCUAUUCGCACGUGGAUCGACGGCUGGCUGAGAAAGUAUCCUGUGCUCUGGGCCGCGGCGGGGCACCCCGCCGCAGUGUACUCUACUUCGUUUGACGAGCUGCAGCGCAUGACGGGCGCCGUGGAGAUCGACGUGGAGUAG